AUGGCAACUUUGCGGCAGAAAUGGGCUAUCCAUAGAACAUAUCGUCGAAUACAAAAUUGUUGGCAAGAAUAUAUAGCAGUUUCUGAUAAGGAUGACGUCCAAUUAAUGGUUCAAAAACUUGAGGAUUUUUUAGAUACUUUUCAGAAUGCGUACAAAGAAUGGAGUGCAUGUGGAAUAACUUCGGAUGUUGCUUUAGAUAAGCUGUAUGGAGAUUGUACUGAAGUUUUGGUUACAAAGAAAAAACCUGACAUUGAAUUAGAUCGAGUUGCAGAUUUAAUUAACAAAGGACUAAAUGUUUCGGAAUUAAUAUUAAAGGAUGAGAAAUAUCAGCAAGUGGUAGCAAAUACACCCAAUCUUAUAUGUAGAAUUUUAUUAUUGUUAGAAAAAUUAAACACUACUGAAGCAAAAAAAUUAGCAUUAAGAGUUAUCAGUACAUUGGGAGAAAGUGACUUAAAUAAGCUUGAAAUUGGGAGACAUGAAGGUUUUAAAAAGAUAUUACAACUAUUGCUUGAUGGAGAAAUUGUGGUUGAUCAUGGAAAUAAAAACGUGAAUAAAUUUGGUAGUGCUAAUGGUAAUGAAGAAGAAUCAGCAAAUGCAUUUUUUAAUAGUAUUAUCGGUAGUAAGGUUUCUACCGUCGUUUCUAAGGUUCGAGAAAUAUUGACUUCAGAGCUUGGUCAAGUAUUUCCUAAUUUCAACGUGGUGACGAAUAAUAUUUUAGAUAAUAAAGAUUUAAAUUUUACUAAUUAUAAAGACAUUGAUCAAUUAGACAAUAUAGAUAUAGCCAAUAAUUUUGACACUAAUAAUAUUAUUUAUAGUAAUAAUAGCAGUAGCAUUGAUAAUAAUGGCGAUGAUGAUAUUAAUGGUUCUGCUGCAUCCACUCCAGAUUUAUCUCAAGACAAUCAUGAUUUAUUAUUAAUGAAAACAAGCAAUAUUAUUAAUUAUUGUAAUCAGAAUGAAUUUUCCAAAGCUUUAAAUCCAGGAAUUGUAUCUCCAGAAUCAAAAAAUACAAAUAGUAAUUCUGAUAUGCUAAAAGAAUUUAUGCGUGUUCAAGGAGCUUUGAGAUCACUUACAAAUAUCCUAUCCGAAACUACAUCUCAAUCGGCCAUUACAUCUACAUUAAGAUUUGAUAUUGUAGAGACAAUAUGUAAACUUUUAUUUCUUAAUUCAACCAAUCAAGUUGAAUUUCGAAAGAUGAACGGAUAUUCUAUAUUGUUGCGUAUAUUAGACGAUGAUGAUAAUAUUUCAGGAAUUGAUAUGGUUGACAGGGGAUAUUUUCUUAAAGAUUGCUUUUCAGUUUUCUUUACACUCUCUAUUGAUGGUAACAAAGAUAUGAUUGUCAAUAAUAUUGAUGUUUUUAAACUCAUUUUUCGUGCGGCUGCGUCAUCCUCCCAACUUGAUGUAAGACAGAGUGCAAUUAAAUGUAUACAGGAUUUGAUUUCGUUAAAUUGCCUUAAUGCAUUUGUAGGAUGGAAAAUAGGCGGAGUUGAUAUUUUAAUAAAUGUGUUGGAUUCUGCUUUACAAACAUCCGGAAAUAUUGAUGAAGUUUCCCAAGCUUUAAAAUUAGGAGAAAUUUUAUUAAAAUCAUCAUCACCGCCGCCUUCUUUAUUUUCAACAAUUUCACCAAUUGCAAAAGCAGUUGAUUCAAAUCCGAUUUAUCGUUACAUAGUUUCGCUGACGCGUCUUUUAGAAUAUAUGGCAGUUAUGUUGAGUGAAAACAAUUUACUUGUUCUUAAAGAAUACACUCGAAUACUAAUGAAAAAUUCACUAUUACCGGCAAAAAACAUAAUAGUCAAUAUUAUACUGCAUAGUGUCUCACGUCUGUUUACCGAUCUACUUAGUAGAGGAAAAUUUGUAGAUAAUAAUUUUUUAGAUAAUUAUUUACAACUUUUAAGAGAACUUUACCAACAAACUCCUUCAAAUUAUGAGUCAUUAAUGACUAAAAAGAAAAAUGAUGAAUUUUUUAUUAUCAACUCACCUCUUCAUAAUACUAACAACAACCAUAGUUUAGAACGUGUCAUUAUAGCCGAACAAUAUUUGUUGAUAUUACAGAACAUCGGAUUGUUGGUCGAUGCUACUGGGCGAAAUAUGGAGCUUUUUGAAAGUUUACAAGGGUUUGAGACUCUUCACAAUGCAAUUGUUUUGUCAUCUGCAUGUGUUGAUUUUUCUGAAGAGGAAGAAUUCAUUUUACAAAAAAAAAAUAAUGUUAAUAAAACUACAAUGACUUAUUCACAAACUAUUAUCAAAGAGCAACCUGGCCUGGAUGAAGAUAUCAUGGUAGCCGAUAUGGCACUUUGGUUAUUAAGAGAAUACAUUGUUUGUUGUGUAGAUUGCAUUGAGAGUGUAAAGUGGCUUAUUAGAAUAUUGAAAUACAUGAUUGUCGACAAUCAAAAUUCCGAUUUAACAUCAUUUAAUUCAACUAAAACAAAUUCCUCCUUUGAAAGUAUGCUAAACAAGAGUGACAGGGCAAAGAAAUUGUUUGGCGAGUUUGGCGGUUUGGAGGUUUUGAUUAGUAUAAUAAAACAUUCAACCAAUUCAAAUGUCGCUUCAGCUGCUUUUCAGACAGUGGGUAAUUUUUUUUCAAGUCACGUCGAUGCUCAACUGUUACGCGCAAACUCUUUUAGUUAUGAUGGCUUUCUUGAAUUGGUACUUUCUUCUACAAUACCUAUUGAUAAAGCUUUUUGUGAGAUUUUUCUCGAAGUAGCAACUGAUGGAAGUGUACUACGACCAUUGUCACCAUCUAUAGCCAAGACUGAUAAUUUUUUAAUCAGUAGUGAUAUCAUGCCAUUUAUUACCAAUUUAUUAAAACCUGUGCCUUUGUUUACAAAUUUGUUACCUUUUACACAAAGAAGACAAAUAUCUUUUAAUAAGAAAAUGGUCUCGUGUAGAAAUCAAGGUCACAAAAGGAACAAUAGUCGUGCUACUAUCAAUAGCAUGUCUUCUUUAGUAAAUAACAGCAGUAUUUAUGAAGGAAGUACUUUGAAUGGUUCAUUUGUAUCAUUAAAUAAUACUAUAUUUAUGACUAAUGAAAAUGACUUAACGACAACAAACGAUAGUUCACUUGCAAUUAAUAGUAGCUGUAACAAUAGUAAUAAGCCAAACGGGUUAAAUACCAACAAUUGUUCACACGAUCGUUUAGAUUCUCCUACUAUGUCUAUUCGAAGUAAUAUGCAACUUCCAAGCCCUACCUUAUCACCUGUAAGAAGAGUGAAUCAAAUAAAAUCCGAGGAAAUAAUGCUCGAAAAAAAAGAUAAGCAACCAACCACUCGUAAACGUAGUAAUUCUCGUAACCUUGGUGGGUUUAGUUUAAGUUCUAACCAAACAAUUGGUAGUGGUAGCAGCAGAAGUAGUAGCAAUGGUACUAAUGUAACCGAAGAAGUUAAAGAAAAACUUGUAAACGGGACUGAUAUUGUUUUCCGUGACAUUGAUGCCGCUUUCAUGUCUUUAAAAAUAUUAGCUCAUAUUACAGAUAAAUGUGAUGAAACUUUACAAAGAUACUAUUUUAAUCUUAUAAUGUCAUUGAUGGAAGUUAAUCCACGAAACAAGGAAUUUCUCUGUGCUAAUCAUGCAUAUGAUAUUACAAAUCAUGAUGUGACACUACUAUUUGAUGCUGCUUAUGAUCCUCUUUCAAUGCUUAAACAAUUUCUUGCGAAAGGAUUUUUUAAAAUUGAUUAUGAUCCUUUUUUUCUGCGUGAAGUACAAUCUCAAAUGAUAUACGCGAUUGAACGUAUUUCUGAAAGAAUGGAUCCAUCGUGUUAUUUCAAUUUCAACGGAUUUGAUAGCAGUUUGCAAACUAUACCAAUGGAUAAAUUUCCUAAUGUGAAAAAUGGGUAUACUUUAAGUCUUUGGGUGAAGGUUACUGCAUUUCUAGAGAAUGAAAUUGGAUUAUUGUGUUAUGAAGAUUUAACGGGUGCCAAUACAACAUUCGAACUUUAUUUCAAGAAAAUUGACCAGCCCUAUAGGUAUUGUUUAUGUGUAAAAACACAACAAUUUCCGUUACCACCCGAGGACUUUGUAUUUGAUGGAUUUUCUUUUCAGCAAACCCUCGUUUGGCAUCAUAUUGUUUUCGUGCAUUCGAAAGAUGGAACUUCUUUGAUUGUUGAUGGUUCUUCUAUGCAAUCUUAUGAUAUGUUUAAUUCUCCAAAGGCGAUGGGGAAAGAGAAAAUAGUAGCAGUCGUGGGACGUCGUGGUAAGAAAAUAGGGCUCUGGGAUGAAACAACUGCAGAAAAGGUUUUUAAUCAAGGACCAGCAUAUUCAAAAAAUUAUCGUGUUCUAGGAAUCGAGAACAAAGAAUUUAUUUCAGUUCACCCGCAAUCUUAUUUAAGUAUUGAACAAAAAUUGAUAUUGGAGCCAGAAAAAUCAAGAAGAAAUUCGGAUUCAAUUGAUUUUACAAAAAUAACCGGAAAGUUAGAGGGCGGGUGUACAGUGCAUGUAACACGAUCUAUGCGGGACAUUAUUGAACAAUUUGGAAAAGUAGAACAAUGUUUUCGAUUUUUAGAAUUAGAUUCACGACAUCAGUUGAUUGGGCUUCGUACCAUAUCCAAUCUACUUUAUAAAAGUCCACAAAACAUGGCAAAGUUUACCGAGAACAAUGGAUUUUCAACAUUACGAAAAUUAUUAGGCAAUUCUAAUAAUAAUGAAUUGAGCAUUGAACAUUUUAAUGUGUUGAUGGAUAUUGCAAGUGAUGGGAUAACAAGAAAUGAUCAAAUGGUUAUAGUUAAUACAGAAUGUUUAAGAGUGAUUGUUGAACUUUUAGGCAGCUGUUGUAAAGAGGAUGUUCAAUUGCCAGUUAUAAGAAUGUUGGUUGAUAUGUUAGUAGAGGUUCCAAAUAAUCUCAAGAUUUGGCGCACGAAUCUCGGAGUGGAAACACUACUUGAACUAUUAGACAAUCUUUCCUGUUCUCUUGAACCUUUUAUAAUGCGAGUAAUUGAAUCAAUGAUGUCAGAAAUCACCACAGAAGAGCUAAACAAAUUAUUCAAUUAUAUUGAAUGCGGUGAUGGUAAAUGGGUAAAUUUGGAUAUUAAAUAUGACAUUGUCGAGAUAAUUUAUAAAAAUAUGACGCAUGAUAGUCAGCUUGUGGAAAGGAUACGUGUAUUGAAAGGAAUAUCACUUUUGACACCGCUUCUUGAAGCUCCAAAUGAAAAAUUCUGUAUAGUUAUAUUGAAGAUGAUUGGUAUCUUGAUGAGUUCCAAUAUUAAACAUAGCAAGGCAUUAUUAACAAGAGUUAACAAUGGUUUUGACGUUAUGUUUUCAUAUUUAGCAGGGCACGAACUUUCUUUAGAGUUUACACAAGUUUUGAUUGGAGUGGGGACUAAUUAUUACCAAAAUGAUCCUAAAUUCAAGAAUGCUCAGUAG